AUGUCCACAGUGCCACCGGUGCCUCAGUGGACACACGAUCUGUCGAAAAUGACUCAAAACGACUUCCAGUCAAUUUGUAAGUUGGUGCUGCCUAACGCAGUCGCAAGUGAGGGCAAGCCGACGUCUGAAGGAGUUGAUAAGUCGGGCUUUUUAAAAUCUCCAGUGAUGAAGAGAGAAGAUGAAUUUUCGUCGCCUCCCAAGACGCUGGGUCGAUUUGUGCACUUUCUGCGCUGCUCCAUCUGUGGUCUUGAAUCAAUCAACAAGACCCGCUUCGACAGCCACUUACCAUGCAGCCAGAGGGGCAACGCCGACCACCGGUACUACCUGCACACCUGUUCCGCCUGCUUUGCUUGUUCGACUUCUCGGAACCUCAUGGACGAACACAUCGACCUCUUCCACAAAGGAACUCAGUCCUCCUCUCCUCUCCGCUUCGCCUCUCCCCUCAUCUCACCUCCUCACACAUGCGCAUCGUUUGCUCGAAUAGUGGAGAGGGGAGAGGAGAGAAGGGAGCAGGAGGAGGAGGAGGAGGCGGAGGCUUGUCACUUCUCUCCCUUCCCCUCCCUCCUCCUCCACCCCCCCAAAAAGAACAGUAUUUAUGCGCCCUACCUUCCGGAGCAACGCUUCCUGAAGUCCGUGCUCAAGACUGUGUUGGCAGCUACAGUUUGCGUACAAGUGCACAAUCUUUCUGAGAGGAAGGAAUACGCUUGCUUUGGGAUAACUGCAAGACAGGCGGAGUUGAUUAGGACUCAGGAAGUACUCCAUCCUGCUGCUCUAACGACGUCAACGUCACCAAGCGUCCUCUCUUCCACUUUGGUUGCUACGACCACCUCAGGUUCGAGUCCCCUCUGUAGGAGACCAAACAGACCCUUCGAGUUCGCUUCAGAUGGUUUUAAAAGGAGUGACGACAAUGGAUGUCUUGACUUGAGAACCAGUGCAACCGCCAUUACUACUAUGACUGCUGCUGCUGCUGCUGCUGCCGCCUGUACCGUGGCCGGUGAAGAGCAAACGAGAAGUGGAGUCGAGUACCUUAAGAAGUGUCAUAUCUGCGGUGCAGAUUUGGCAGGCAGUGUGGAUGCUUUGACGAGACACCUGACUUUUGUGCAUUUGAUCCCUAUGCCUCUGAUGCUUGGUGGUGGUUGGGACAUUCCAAGUUUGAUGGCGGUAUCGAAUUCGUUAGGACAGAAUUCUCCAAGCGAAAGAUUACCUCAGCUGUCCUUCCCCUUCGGACAGUUUGACACCAUGCCUCAGCAAACCCCACCGCCACUCCCAUUAGGCUCAAAAACUUUCUUCGGCCUCAACUUCGAUCUGCCUCCAUUGUCAUUGCUCGAUCAAAAUGGCGAAGCGGGUCCUCGCCACCUCUCAACCUCGGAACCGGAGUUCAAACGCGCACGUAUUGAUCAUCCACUUGGUGAGAGCAUCUAUAUUUAG